CGCCACCCACCCACCCGCUUCUCCCGAGCAUUCAACCCUAGCUUCCGGCGAUGGCCCCGAAGCGCGCCGCGAAGAAGGCGGCCCCGCCGCCACCUCCGCCUCCUCCGGCUGAAUCCUCCGAUGAGGAGACCCAGUCGCGCUCGCGCUCCGAGGAUUCGGAGGACGAAGAGGCCAUCGCCGAGUCCCCUGUCCCUGCCCCCACCCCCGUCCUCAAGACCACGCCUGCGCCGGCGCAGAAGGGCGAUGAGUCGGAGUCGUCUGACGAAGAGGAGGAGGAGGAGGAGGAUGAGGAGGAGGAGCCCGCCCCCGCGGCUCCCGCGGUCCCCAAGAACCAGCCUCCGCCGCCGCAAAAGAAAGAGGACUCCGACGCUUCCGGCAGCGAUGAAGAGGAGGAGGAGGAUGAGGAAGAGGAAGAGGAAGAGGAGGAGGAGCCCGCCCCCGCGGCUCCCGCGGUCCCCAAGAACCAGCCUCCACCGCCGCAAAAGAAAGCGGACGCCGACGCUUCCGGCAGCGAGGAGGAGGAGGGUGACGAUGAGGAAGAGGAGGAGGAGGAGGAGGAGGAGGAGGAGGAGCCCACCCGCGCGGCCCCUCCCUCCGCUCCGAAGAAGCAGCCCCCGCAGCCGCAGAAACAGGAGGACUCCGACACUUCCGGCGACGAGGAUGAGGAGGAGGAGGAGGCACCGCCGCCGCCGAAGCCUGCCCCAAAGAAGGUGGCGGAGGUCCCGAAGCCCCCGGCGGCGGCCGAGACCAAGAAGCCAGGCGCCUUCGAGCGCAUGUGGUCCACCAACGACGAGGUCCGCAUCCUCGAGGCCCUCGCCGCUCACCGCAAGCAGCACGGCACCCUCCCGCAGCCCGACGCUCUCGUCGACGUCCUCGCCGGGAAGCUGGACAAGCGUGCCUACGGCAGCAAGGAGCUCCAGUCCAAGGUCAAGAGCCUGAGGUUCCGGUACCUCACACUCAGCAAGAGGGGCGAGGUCCCGAGCAAGGAGCACGACCGCCGGGUCCUGGAGCUCUCCAAGCUCGUCUGGACCAGCGACAAGACCUCCCCUGUUGCUGCUGCUGCUGCUGUGGCGAAUGUGGCCAACGGUCAUGAGCCCAAGGGGUUCGAGGAGAUGUGUGAGCUGUACCCGCACCUGGCGGAGGAGGUGAAGGGGCUGGAGGCGGCGCGCCCGGGCAUGUGCAAGAGGGAGUUCGGGAAGAUGGACGACGACAAGGCGCGUGCCAUGGACGAGAAGAUCAAGAAGCAGAGGGUGAUGCAGAUAAAGGUGGAGAUGCGCCACGCCGACCUCGUCAAGGAGGUGACCAAGGCUCUGGUCGACCUUGUCGAUGCAUGAGGAGCACGAUGAUCGCCUGAAAUCGGUGCGUAUGAGAGCAAUGCUGGAACUGCAAACUGUGGCUGUCUUGGUGGUGUAGGAACGUAUUUUGCCUGACAUUGGCAUAUGGUAGAUUGGCAAAUUUCUUGGUGGUGGAAGGAUGUUCUAGAGUCGCAAAUUGGGUUGUCUUAGUGGAGUGUAUGAAUGUUUUGUCGUGAUGAGAACAUUGCUUGAAUUGCAAACUGUGGCAUCUUUAUGGUGUAAGAAUGUUUCUUGUGUGAUGAGAAUUGCAAAUGUUUGCUGGCCUGAUGGUGUGCUAAUGUUUUUGUGUGAUGAUAGCAUAUGCAAGAAUUGUGAAUUUUCCUGAUGGUGUAAGAAUGUUCUGAAAUUGCAAA